GUGAGCUCCAGGUGCCCGAGGACUUGGAAGAAGUGAGAGGCAGAGUUAAUGAGGUUGUUCAUCUCCGGGAACAAGCAAUACCCAAACUGAAGGGAAAUAACGCUGUGUGAAAAAUCAGGAAAACUUUUUUUUCUUUUUAUUUUAAUUUUUCCUUGGAGAAGCUGAUUUCCUUUGGCAAGAGGGGGAAGGUGGAGAAAAUGAGGCCAAGUCUGCGAUUUUUCUUCGCCGGUUUUCUGUCGCUGAUCCUGCAGACGGGGCUUUGCUAUGGGAUAAAAUGGAUAGCUCUGUCCAAGACCCCUUCGGCUCUGGCCCUGAACCAGACCCAGCACUGCAAGCAGCUGGAGGGCCUGGUGGUGUCCCAGGUGCAGCUGUGCCGCAGCAACCUGGAGCUGAUGCAGACCAUCAUCCAGGCGGCACGGGAGGUCAUCAAGACCUGCCGCAAAACCUUCUCGGACAUGCGCUGGAACUGCUCCUCCAUUGAGCUGGCUCCCAACUACCUGCUGGACCUAGAGAGAGGCACAAGGGAGUCAGCUUUUGUGUAUGCCCUUUCUGCUGCUGCCAUCAGCCACACCAUUGCCAGAGCCUGCACCACCGGGGACCUCCCUGGCUGUUCCUGUGGUCCCAUCCCAGGUGAGACACCUGGACCUGGGUAUCGAUGGGGAGGAUGUGCAGACAACCUCAACUAUGGUCUUAUCAUGGGGUCCAAAUUUUCAGAUGCUCCCAUGAAGAUGAAAAAAUCAGGAUCACAAGCCAAUAAACUGAUGCAUCUGCACAACAGUGAAGUAGGGAGACAGGUCUUGAAAGCCUCUCUUGAAAUGAAAUGUAAGUGCCAUGGAGUUUCUGGGUCAUGCUCUAUCAAGACCUGUUGGAAAGGCCUUCAAGAGCUGCGAGACAUUGCACUGGACCUCAAAAACAAGUAUUUAUCUGCCACCAAGGUCGUUCAUCGGCCCAUGGGCACGCGCAAAUACCUCGUGCCAAAGGAUAUUGAUGUCAGGCCAGUUAAGGAGACAGAGCUGAUUUACCUGCAGAGCUCGCCUGAUUUCUGCAUGAAGAACGAGAAAGUGGGGUCCCAUGGCACCCAGGACAGACAAUGCAACAAGACUUCCAACGGGAGUGACAGCUGCGACCUGAUGUGCUGUGGCAGAGGGUACAACCCCUACAUGGACAAAGUGGUGGAGAGGUGCCACUGCAAGUACCACUGGUGCUGCUACGUGACCUGCAAGAAGUGCGAGAGGACUGUCGAGAGAUACGUGUGCAAAUGAACACCCUCCCCUGCCCCCCAGAGCUGAGACAGCAGCACCAGCACUACCCAGAGAACAGAAAACAUUGCCUUGGCCAGAGGUCAUUUAUCUUGCAAAGACACAGACUUGAGGGAAGCUGGCAGGAGGAAAAGCAAACAAUCCCACCAGUAGGAAUAAGACCCUUAAAAAAACCCCAAAAACCAAAAAAGCAACAAACCCACAAAUGUUUUCCCCCAUCAACAAAAUGCUCUCUGAGAAGACAAAGCCUCAUUUGGGAUGGUACUUCCUUCACCAAUAUUUCCUAUGGUUGCCAGUGAUGUCCAGCCAUUGAGUGCCUCAGUAUUCUGAGAAACUAAAGUAGGAACUUUCCCCAGGGGAAGAAAAGCAACUCCUGUUUGACAAUAACUACGUCUCUCACCUGCCUGUGCCUUCCAGCACAGGUACUGAGUCUCCAUUGGGACCAUCCCGGAAGGGAAAACACUACAACUUUUCAGCAAUAACUUUGUUGCCAGAGACUUAAUUUUUAGCAGGGAAUCAUCCACUGUGAAUGAUAAAGGUGGAAAGAUUUCAGGUCAAUCUCAUUUUAACCUUCUUUUUACACAGGUCUGCGACUUUGAAGUUGCUGCUGCAGGAAAAGCUGUCCUUGAUUAAUCCAGGCUGGAUGGGUGUUCAAAUUCAGCCAUGAAAUAUAUGUCCCGUGGGACUGGGAGCCCAUGGAGGCAGGGGGUGUAGGGCAGCCUCAGAAGGACUUUUUGGGGCCCACGAGACAGUAGUGGGGCUGUUAGGAUACAAUAACAAAAGUCAAGUCAGAAUCCAGCAGGAAAGGAAGACAAAAAGCAAGCUUCUGCUCUCUGUUUGCCCUUUGGGUGUGAUACCCUCAGUCACUGACAUCGUCCCACCCUGGACCAUCGAGUCCUCAGGAAAAUGUGCCACUGGCUCUUUUCCCUCAGCAAAACUGUCGGUCCAACCCCGAGAACCCGUGGAGAGCAGAGCAGUCCUGGCUGCAGGGAGUGCAGCCCUGGAGGGCAGCAGCCAUUCCCAGCAGAAGGGAGUGGGAAUGUGUCAGUUCUUCCCGUGGCCCUGCCCUGGCACAGCAGAGAACCACUACCUGUGGCUGUAAAUAUUUCCUUUUGUACGCCAAUAUACAGAAAUAUUUAUAUCUCGUGCUUUCCUCUACUCUACUCCCUACAUAAACAUAUCUGUAUAUUAUAAACAAGCAUUACCCAUAGUAUGAAAUAAACGCUGAAGUUACUGGUGCAGCAGCAGAAUGUUAGAUGAUUAUGUUUCCUGCUUGGAAAGCAGCUCUGAUUUUUCUCCCAGGGAUGGGAGAAGAGCAAGGCUGGAGGCACUUGCUGGCGUGGGAUAGAGAAGUUCCUUUUUUCCCUGCCUCCCUUGCCUCUUCGUUCAGAGCAGAAUUAGCCAAGAUACAAUCAAGACAAUGAAACAGAGCAUGGGGAGAAGGGAAGAGUCACCGUUGUUGUUUUGCUAUUUUAUCAGUGAUCCCUCUCAUUGGCAACAUUUCCCAGUGCCCCCGAGGAGCUUAAUAACAAACAGAACUAAUUCCUCUCCUGGGGGCUUGCUCCUGGCUCCUGCAUAUGGGCAGGGGUUGCUGAGCAGGGGAGGUUCUGGCUUAGGUUUGGUUCCCUUCUUUACUCUGUUUUUUCUUUGCAGUGGGCAUCCAGCUCUGUGUCCCACUGAGGAAAGAUGACCUUGGGGAAGGAUGCUGCUCCAGGAGCCUGUGAUGUCCUUCACAUCAUUCCCCAUGCGAAAUGCUGUAAGCAGCCAAAAAAUCCCUCCUGCAAGAAUGCAGGGGGACACUGGCACUUUCCUAGGGGGAAAUGUGGCAGUAACACCACAACCUUUCUCCAAACCCUCUUUUUUUUCCCUCUUCAGCCGUUCCCUAGGGGCCAACUGCCUCUGACAUGUCUGUGGAGCAGCCCUGUGGAGCUGGAGGAGAAAAGCAGCAAGGGCUGUCAGGGCAAAAUUAAAGAGAUUCUGUUCUCCUCAGCUCCUUUGCUUUGCUGUGAUGGGUUUGGUCUCCUGGCCCCCUUCCCUCCCCCAGCCAUGAGCAGGCAAAGAGGGGCCUUGGGGGUUUGUCAGUGGUUUGUGUUAUUGUCACCCCAUAAAAGCUGGUGGACUAAACGUCUCUGCAGUGCAGUGUGAUGAGUGCUGGGUGUCUCUGGGCUGACAUGCAGACAGGAUGGUGGCACAAAUCCCACUGCUCUCCACCACCAGGAUCUGGCUUCCUUUGAUUUGUAAAGAAAUGGUCUACUCUUGUUCUUUUGAGGAAUUUUGUUUUUGUUUCCAGUUUGUGAUGAAGCCAACAAGGCAGAGAUGUUCUGACCAAAGAAAAAUUUGAGCAUUUGAGCUAUUCUGUAAUGACUCUUUUUCUUGCUCCCUUGCUGAUGUCCUGAGUCUUUCUGCUUGGUGAAAAAAUAAUAAAAAGGAAGAAAUGCUCUGUAGGUACAUUUUUUCAGCUGCAUUUCACUCCUCCCAUGUCAGACCUGUGAUCCUCAAGUGGCUUUCUCAUGUCAGAAGAAAUCAUCACUUGGCAGAGCAUUAGAGGGUGUGAUGUGCAGGUCCAGCAGGUGGGACAGGGACCUGCAGCAGAAUCUCAGCCUUGGGGUACCUCAUGCUUUAUGCCUGUUCCUAGAGAUGCUGACCUGAGGUGGCUGAAGUGUUUGGAGGUUCCAAAUCUCUGCUGUCUUUAGAGAAUACAUCCUGGGCUUCAUCUGAAUUUUGCUGUGUGGCCCCAGCCUGUGGCUUAGGCUGUUGCACCACUUUUGCCAUAACUUCUGAGUUCCAGGCCCCUUUUCCUUUGUGGAGCAGCUGCACACUGCAUUUCCUUUGAAUACCAACCAGGAAUAAAGAGUGUAACACAGGACCAUGCUGGUGGAAGGACUCAUGGUGCAUCUUCUUCAGAUCUGUCCCUGGUGCUUCAUUCCUGGCCCCAGCAGCAGAGCACAGAGAGCUCAGGAGAGAGAAGUGUCCUCGCUCUCACCUGCAAUUCCUGGUGCAAAAUGUACCUGCUUGACUGCCAGGUUAUUUCCACAGUCAGUGGAAGGUGUCCCUGCCCAUGGAAGGGGACAGUUCCAUCGGAACUGGAUGAUCUUCAAGGUCCCUUCCAACCCAAACCAUUCCAUGUUUCUGUAAUUUUCUGUGCUUAUGUGGUCUCAAAGCUGUUUGGGAGAUCAUUUGUCAUGAACCAGUUUUGCAAGGAAAAUAUAUCCCUCCUUCCUUCCCCCAGGCCCUCAGCAACCAGGCUUUGCUCUGAAGGAAUGGAGAACUUUCAGUCAGUGAAUAAAAUGGUUUUAAUUCCUGGAAAUGUCAGGUCCCUCUCUUACAACAUUCCCUACCACAUCCCAGCCACUGGUAUAAUUUGGUCCAGCUCCAUGUUGAUUUACACUGCUGAUUUACACUGGCUGGGAAAAUACAGCUGAUUUCUUCCCAUAAAUCCUAUAAUUUCAAAAUCUUACGCUGUUACCCCAGAGAGAAAUGGGCAAACUAUAUGGAAGAAUAUUAUGCUGGUGGCUUUGUAUCAUUUAUUGAUUUGAAAAAAUAUCUAUGAUUUAAUAAAAGUUUGGACUUAAUGCUAUUUCCAAACCUGAGGGUUUUGCACCUUGUGUACAUCCAGCUGGCUUUGUGUUUUUCUGAUGAAUUCCCCCCCAUUCUCAUCCCCUUCCAGUUUUAUAUCAUUUAGGUUUCUCCCUCAGGUAGGCAAAUGACAGUCAUUAUAAAAUCUCCCAUUUGAUUGAUUGUUUUAGUCCACAAAAACAGAAGGUCCUAAUCAUGCUAAAGCAGACAGUCCACGGUGCUUCAUAUGCAGCUAGAAAAGCCCUUGAUGAGGGGAAGGGGAAUGGGGAAAGGAGGCAAAAAUCUGAAUACAAUUAACAGUGUCUUUGGCAGGAAAGUCAUAAAAGAGUCCCUGAGGAAUUAUCCCUUUUCCUGCUGGAAAGAGAUCCCUGUAGCAUGUUCCAGGUGAACCAGACCUGUGCUGCCCAGCACCAGGCACCUGCCUGGGGAAGAUGCUGGGAGGAGGCUCUGGAAGUACUUGAUGUUGGGAAUUCAGUGGAAAAUUCAGCCCUGGGAUCCUUUAGUGUUCCACUCCACCCCAUGAGGAAGGAUUUGCCUUCCCUGCAUCAGGCAGAGGGUUGUGAGACUCCAUUUCUUUGCUCCCCAGAGCGUCACAGGCAGGACUUUCUCCUCUGCACAGGGAGACAGAGCCGAGAACAAGGUUUGGGAGAGGCAGAGAAAGAACAGGAAACUUCGAAUCCACCUGAGAUUAAUGACUUUAACAUGUACAACAUGUUGUGUUGUGUUUUGUUUUCCUCUCGGGACCAGUUUCAUCAGUCAGAGUUUGAUUAAAUAUCUCAGCAGAGCUAUGGUUUGUUCAUCUAGAGCACAGAUUACCCUCUGUUCAUGGAAGCAGCAUUAGCUGUGUUUUGAAUUGUAAGAGCUACAAUAAU